UACAACCACGGUUCGCACAUCGACAAGGUGAGAUUUCAAGUGUCCCUCAGCAGCUCAUCCUCUUUCUUUUUCUGUGAUGAUAUUAUUGCUGUGCACCAGGCCAAGUCUGCAAUGACGACAAACACCCUGGCCCGAAAUCUACGCUCUCGUGCCCUGAUUCCCUUGCCUUUUCUCCUUUGCAUCCCCGUUUGGACCGUGUCUGACUUGUUCCCAAGUGAACGCUUCUGUUUUAGCAAAUCUAUGUGGAAUUAAAGUAUCUUCUAUUUUUUUUUUGUAGUUUUGUUUCUUUGGAAUUUAGUGCUGUCUCCAACAAUCGCAUUUACUAGUCAAUUUCAAAUCAAGUAGUUCUAGUAAUAUAUUAUUGUUUCCAAACGAAGUCAAUUCGAAGCAGCAAGUCAAGCCGGCCAAGGAAGUUGCCCAGUAACGAAGUGCAAGCACGAAACGAAGUAAGCAUGUAGUGGGGGAAGUGUAGUCACUGCUAGCAGCGCAGGGUAUCGCUUUGGAAUAUACACAAAGUAUGGGGCUACACGGGGGUUGCAGCCAAAAUACACUGGAGAUGAUGA